AUGAUAUUCGGAACCAUGCAACUGUUAACUGAAAGUCAUAUGUCAUAUUAUUUUUUUGAAAAAGGCAAAACUCUUCUUGAGUCACAGUACGUAGCUGCAGGUCUUCACAUUAACAGGAAGACAAUCUCAGACUUGGUUGAUAAAGCUGCUAUUCUGAUGCGUAUUUUUGUUAAGAAAGAAAUGGAAACAAAAUUAAUAAGCCUCAAAAUUGACAGCGCUUCACGUAAAAAUCGCCAAAUAUUUGGUAUUAAUGCGCAGUACUAUCACAAUGGCGAAAUGUUAUUUCGAAAUCUUGCCCUAAAGGAAAUGCAUUGUCGACAGACGAAGGAAAAUCUAACAGAAACAUUAGAGUAUGUGCUCAACCAAUAUGGUGUUAAAUUGAACCAAAUUUAUUCUGUCGCCCACGAUAAUGGUAGCAAUAUGGUGGCGACAGUUGGAUUGUUGAAGAAAAUGUUGGAGAAACCUAAUUUAAAUAACUGCCCACCAAUUAAUUUGCUCCUUGCUAAUGAAGAAGCUUGUGGCAUUUUCGAGCAUGCUGAUGAUACUUGUAAUUUCGAGCAUGCUGAUGAUACUUGUAAUGACACGGAUGACGACGACGACAACGAAGCUGUAUCUAAGUAUCAGUUUUGUACUCCAUCCAAUAGUGCAUUACCUGCAAACGAUUUUUUUGAUAAAAACCGAGAAGAGACACGAUUUGUUGCACCAGGCGAAGAAAACGACGACUAUGAAUUCGAGGGAAUACUUGAUAGUACGCGAUGUGCGGCGCACACGGCUCAAUUGGCUGUGUGGGAUGUCAUACGUCCAUACAAACAACGUAUCGCGAAGAUCCAAGGCAUAGUUGUAAAGCUGCGAAACCGUAAAUAUCAUAAAUGUUUCAAAACUCACGAUGCUCAUCUACCUCCUAUCGCCAAUGAUACAAGAUGGAAUGGAAAGUAUCUAAUGGUGGCAUCCCUACUUAAACAACGGCAAUUUUUCAAUUUGUAGAAGACAAGUUUUCCCGAAACAGAUCUUACUCAACACUGGCCAUUCAUCGAGAAGUUUUGUGAAGCCUUUGAACCUGCUUUCAUACUUACGCUUAAACUGCAAAAAGUACAUUGUGCAUUGUCUGAAUUUUACACGUAUUGGCUACAGUGCCAAGCAAACCUGGAUAAAUUAAAAGCCAACGAGCUCGCCGUACAAUUGUUAGAGACUUUCAAAACACGAGCUCAAAAACUGGUUAGUACAUUGCAGUUCAAAGCAUGCAUGUACUUAGACCCUAGAUAUAAUUUUUUGGGUGCAAGGCGUAUAUCUACGGAGGACAAAGCGAAAGUUCAGGCUCAUAUGGCGUUAGCCUGGUGUGCCCGGCACGGGAUACUUCCUAUUGGGAUGCAGCUGACCAUUAAUCAGCGACGCCCCCCUUGUAUGUACCCCAUAUCUAGCGUGGUGCGUCUUCUCGACUCGAGGAAUCCAGGAUAGAAUGGUCACUAGCCGGCGCAAUCAUCAGCUCGUGUAAAGUUGUCAUGAGCGGUACAACCUUUGGCUCUUGUUGAAUGAUCAGUGGACUGCACAACCUUCGGCCCGUGCAUCUGUAAAGAGUGUGUGUAUGUAUUGCCGCGACUAAGUAAAAGUUUAUAGAUCGGAUA